ACUUCCGCCCAUAGCCUGGCCGGAAGCGGUAGCCAGAGGAAGUCGUGUACGAAGGCGCGGUGAGUCGCGGGGCAUUCUGGGCAAAGAUGGAUGUUCAUGAUCUCUUUCGCCGGCUCGGAGCGGGCGCCAAGUUUGACGUGAAACGCUUCUCAGCAGAUGCAGCUCGAUUCCAGGUAGGAAAAAGGAAAUAUGAUUCUGAUUCUUCAGAGGCACUUCAGGGACUGGACUUCUUUGGGAACAAGAAGUCUGUCUCAGAUAAGUGUGAAAUAUUACAAACACACCAGGAGCUCCAAAAUGAAGAGAAGACAGAAAGGGGCUCUUCCAAAAGUAGUCUGCCCAACAAGAAAAGGAGAAAGAAGAUGAUUUCAGAAAUUCCUGUUCAAGAAGAAGGCACUACUAUACAGUGGACAUCCUCUGUGGAAGCAAAGAUUGAGGAAAAAAAAUCCAAAGGAGAAAAGAAAGUAACUUCAGGAAAGUUGGAACAUCUCCGAAAGGAAAAGGUAAACUUCUUCCGGAAUACACACAAAAUUCAUGUCCAGGGAACUGAUCUUCCUGACCCCAUUGCUACAUUCCAGCAACUUGACCAGGAGUAUAAAAUCAAUUCUCGACUGCUUCAGAAUAUUCUAGACUCAGGCUUUCAAAUGCCUACACCAAUUCAAAUGCAAGCUAUUCCAGUUAUGCUGCAUGGUCGGGAACUUCUGGCUUCUGCUCCUACUGGAUCUGGGAAGACAUUGGCUUUUAGCAUUCCCAUUUUAAUGCAGUUGAAACAACCCACAAAUAAAGGCUUUAGAGCCCUGAUUAUUUCCCCAACACGAGAACUUGCCAGCCAGAUUCACCGAGAAUUAAAUAAAAUAUCUGAGGGAACAGGAUUCAGGAUACAUAUGAUCCACAAAGCUGCAAUAGCAGCCAAGAAAUUUGGGCCCAAAUCAUCUAAGAAGUUUGAUAUUCUUGUGACCACUCCAAAUCGAUUAAUCUAUUUAUUAAAGCAAGAUCCACCAGGAAUAGACCUAACAAGUGUUGAGUGGCUGGUAGUAGACGAAUCAGACAAACUGUUUGAAGAUGGAAAAACUGGGUUUAGAGACCAGCUAGCUUCCAUUUUCCUGGCCUGCACAUCCCACAAGGUCAGAAGAGCUAUGUUCAGUGCAACUUUUGCAUAUGAUGUUGAACAGUGGUGCAAACUUAACCUGGACAAUGUUGUUACUGUAUCCAUUGGAGCAAGGAAUUCUGCAGUAGAGACUGUAGAACAAGAGCUUCUCUUUGUUGGGUCUGAGACUGGAAAACUUCUUGCCAUGAGAGAACUUGUUAAAAAGGGUUUCAACCCACCCGUUCUUGUUUUUGUUCAGUCCAUUGAAAGGGCUAAAGAACUUUUUCAUGAGCUCAUAUAUGAAGGUAUUAAUGUGGAUGUUAUUCAUGCAGAAAGAACACAGCAACAGAGAGAUAAUACCGUCCACAGCUUCAGAGCAGGAAAAAUCUGGGUCCUUAUUUGUACAGCCUUGUUGGCAAGAGGGAUUGAUUUUAAAGGUGUGAACUUGGUGAUCAAUUAUGACUUCCCAACUAGCUCAGUGGAAUAUAUCCAUAGGAUAGGUCGAACUGGAAGAGCGGGACAUAAGGGGAAAGCUGUUACAUUUUUCACUGAAGAUGAUAAACCAUUAUUAAGAAGUGUUGCCAAUGUUAUCCAGCAGACCGGAUGUCCUGUACCUGAAUACAUAAAAGGUUUCCAGAAACUCCUGAGCAAACAAAAGAAAAAAAUGAUUAAGAAACCAUUGGAAAGGGAGAGUAUUAGUACAACUCCAAAAUAUUUCUUAGAGCAAGCUAAACAGAAAAAGGUCACCAGCCAAAAGAGCAAGAAGAAAGAAACCCUUGAAAAGAAAAGUUAAAAUGGACUUUUUAAGAGACCAUCCUGGAAAUCAAUAUUAUGAUCCCUGCGUGACUAUUUUCAUGGACUACUUAAUCACCAUCUCUACCAAAUGUGUGAAGUCAACAAGUACAUGAGAGUGGUGCACAAUGGUCAUAAGCUAUCAGUGCAUCAUGCCAGAUUUCACUCUGCCGGUGAAAAUCAUACAGUGGAAAUAGUGUGCAUUGACAUUUUCUGCUUGAAACCAGAGAGAUACUUCUUAUAGGAGAACAAGAGCUUUUACUAAAAAUAGCACCCAAAUGUGGUAGACUUAAGGAUUUUACCCUUCAAGUAUGAAGGAGAGUGUGGUAUAUGCAGUGGAGAAGCAUCUGAAACAGAAUUUUAAAAUAAAACCCUGAGAUUGCAUGCCCC